UGACGGAAGUGACGUCAUAUAGUCGCAACCGUGUUUACUAACGGCGGCUAAAUGGUGGUCGGAGAAAUAAACUUGUCGUGACAAUAAUUACGUUUCAUCCACCGAGCAGAGACCCAGAUAAUUACGGAUGGCGGAUCCUGCGGUGGCAUCGGGAGCUUCACUGAACGCAGGAGGGCGUGGGGGUGGUGGUAAAGCAGCUUCCAGCCCUGCAGAGAACUACCACCUGGCCAGACGUCGCACCCUUCAGGUUGUUGUCAGUGCCCUGCUGACCGAGUGUGGCUUCGAGAGCGCAGAGAAGGCAGCAGUGGAGACACUCACUGAGAUGAUGCAGAGCUAUAUAACUGAAAUAGGUCGCUGUGCCAAAGCUUAUUGUGAACACACAGCCAGAAGCAUUCCAACCCUGCCGGAUGCAGUGGUGACGCUCAUUGAAAUGGGUUUUAAUGUCGACACACUGCCUGUGUAUGCGAAAAGAUCACAGAGGAUGGUUAUAACUGCCCCUCCAGUGACGAACCCACCUGUGACUCCCAAAGCACUGUCAGCCGGACAGAAACGCACCCACCCGUCUCACAUCCCGAGCCACUUCCCAGAGUUCCCUGACCCUCACACCUACAUCAGAACGCCAACGUUCAGAGAACCUGUGUCAGACUACCAAGUGGUGAGAGAGAAGGCAGCAACUCAGAGGAGAGACGUGGAGCGAGCGCUCACACGCUUCAUGGCCAAGACCGGAGAAACUCAGAGCCUCUUCAAAGACGACAUCACUGCCUUCCCAUUGAUUGCAGCACAGCCGAGCACCAUCCCAUAUCUCAGCGCCCUCCUACCGUCUGAGCUGGAACUGCAAGCUCUGGAGGAGACGGAUUCCUCUGAGCAGGACGACCAGACGGACAGUGAGAACACAACAGGAAAUAUCAUUGCUGACGAUCCAGGAGCCGACAAAGAGAACUCCAUGCUUCCUCCCAGUGGCGUUGUUCCCUCCACAAAGGCCAGUGAGGAAAACGUGAUCGACAACCCGUAUCUCCGGCCGGUCAAGAAACCCAAAGUGAGGAGGAAGAAAUGAGUCGGGACCCACCUGAACCAACAGACUCACAUUUGCCACAGUGCUUGGUGCUUUCAGCAGUCCGGUCAGCGAUUCCCUCCACUGAGAGGAGCGGCCCGGUGUUGAAGCCUGCUGCGUUAGCCGGGACCAGCGGCUACUUCUCGUCAAAGCAGGGACCAGUGCUACUGUUCACUUUGGCAUACUGACUGACUUCUAUUGACGUUUUUUUGUGUUAACAGUAUUUUUUUUUUUCAGGAGGCACUCACUUUGUUUAAAAUUUGUGACGUCAUUUUGUAAGCAACAUCAUUGUGUAAUAUACAAACACAGAAAUCCAGUCAUUUUGAGAAUAAAGAAAAAUAUGUUUCUUUUUUUAAAACUCUGAGAUAUACAACUUUUCUUGGUGUCUGUUUUAGUCUGGAAUAUAAAACUGUUUCGUUGAUGGUAGGGAGAAUAAGGAAAAUAAUAUACAUUAUCAGCCUCAUGGUGGAUUUCCAUCCAUCAGCUCCAGAAUUAAUAGUACAAGCUCAGGUAGGCCACUCUGCUCCUCUUCUUCAGAAACGCCUUUUCACAGUUUAGCUGAAGGGAAAAAAAAAUUAGAUAGGCUGCAGUUUGUGGCACUGUUUAACUGUACUGCAUUAUACAAAAAGGUGUGUCUGUGUUUUAGCCUCAUUCGUGUAGACAGGGGUUGACAAAGUAAUAGAAACACCUUCCAGUAUACAGCAAUACAAUUCAACAGCACCCACGAACUGAAGUCUCCAAAACAAUCAUACAGUUGAAUCAACACCUUUAAAAGUGUUUCAACAAAAACUGACAAUAAUCUUCUCUAUCAUCGUGACAAUAAUUUUACCUUUCACUGAAAUGAUUGUGAGGGAAGCAGUCGGAAAAUGGCAUCACUGUUUGACAGUAAUCUGUGCCUGCUUGUGUUUGAUUGGCCACCACAGUUCUCCCUGCCUGUUUUCACUCUGGUCUAAUAAAGCUUAA